GUGUGUUUUAGCUCUGUGUGGUUCGGUGUCAGACUUCAUCACCAGAUUUCCUCCUCAUCCUCUGCCUCUGCUCCCCGCAGUGAGUCUCCCCGCUGCCUCCUUCUGUCUCCCCGGCUGCAGCUCCUCAUUUCAUCGCGGCGCCCGCAGCAACAUCUCGCCCCUCUCUGCGUCUCUCUGAAGAAAUGUCAGACCUCGGCUCGGAUCAGGUCCGCACCGGAGAGCAGAACUGGAGCCGAACCGAGCCGAACCAACAGGAGGCCUCGGUUCCUCAGCCGCACACCGUGUUCGUGAUCCUGGACUCAGCUGAAACUCUCAACUUGGUCCAGAUGGAGUCUGGGAUUGUGGCCGACAUCGAGGUCGACAGUUUGAUUCCCACAGACAGUGACAUCUUCUACCAGAUCAAGAGCCAGCCAAUCAGCAUCAGCUCUCCUUUCAGUUCCUCUGCAGCAUCCCCCUCUUCGUCAUCUUCAUCGUCUCUUCCGUCAGUGAUGUCAUCCCGGGUUCUGAUGCGUCAGGGGCUGAUGCGGCAGCAGGCGCUGGAGGAGCAGCAGAAGGAGGCGCAGCAGCAGAAGGAGGCGCAGCGCUGCAGCGACUCCUCCUCUCCCAUCAGCCUGGCUAACUCCGCCCCCUGCACACCUGCCCAGGUUCCCGUGGAGGUGCUGAAGGUGCAGACUCACCUGGAGAACCCCACCAGGUACCACAUCCAGCAGGCCCAGAGGCAGCAGGUCCGCCAGUACCUGUCCAAUACCAUGACAACCAAUCAGCAGCCAGCGCUGCAGCCAAGCCCCCCCGCCCAGCAGGACUCUGGUGCCACGCUGUCCGAUGAGAGCAGCCCAAAGCAGGAGAUGGAGGAAACAGUCAUUGAUGACAUCAUCAGUCUGGAGUCGAGUCUAAACGAGGAUCUUCUAACUCUGAUCGACUCCGGCCUGCAGCUCACCAACACGCUGCCGGCAGCCGGGAACAUGCUGGACGUCUACGGAGGGAUGUCCACGCCCACCAUCGCCGUUAGCAACAGCUGCCCGGCCGACCUGCAUGCCGUCAAGCGGGAGCUAACAGAUGUGGAGACCAAAGCUCUGAUGAAGGAGCGGCAGAAGAAGGACAACCACAACCUGAUCGAAAGGAGGCGUCGCUUCAACAUCAACGACCGCAUCAAGGAGCUCGGAGCACUGAUCCCCAAGUCCUCUGACCCGGAAACCAGGUGGAACAAAGGCACCAUCCUGAAGGCGUCGGUGGAUUACAUCCGCAAACUGCAGAAAGAGCAGCAGAGAGCCAGAGAGAUGGAGGAGAGGCAGCGCAGGCUGGAGAGCACCAACCGCUCGCUGCUGCUGCGCAUACAGGAGUUGGAGCUCCAGGCUCGCCUUCAUGGCGUCUCCUCUUCCUCCGUCUCUGUGGACCCCCAGACGCUCCUGUCCCCGCUGCUGCCCAACCCGUCGCUGAGCUUCAUGGACCUGGACGAGUCCCACCAAGCGUCUGCCGUCUUCUCCACGGACCUGGUGGCGGAGUUGGGGGCGGGGCUGAGCGGCCUGGGGGCGGGGCUUCUGAUGGAGGAGGACGGGGGCGGGGCUGUGAUGUCCGACCCGCUGCUGUCCUGUGGCGCCUCGAAGACCAGCAGCCGGCGGAGCAGUUUCAGCAUGGAUGAGGACCUUUGAUGAUGUCACCACAGGCUGGUCUCUGAUUGGCUGAGGGGGCCGGGUCAAAUUUAUCAAAGAAAUGGAUAGAACAAUUUAUAAUCUGUGAUGUCCAACAUAUUCAGAUUACAAAACACAGACGACGUAACCAUGGUAACCACUUCAUGCUAAUCGCUGUGAGUCAUCGCUGUGUAACCAUGGUGACGUUUUUCUCACAGUGUUGCCAUGGUAACCUUUACGUUCACCUUAAAACGGAACAACACCAGAGCUGACUGGUGGUUAAAUAGCAAGCUGUCAUCUGAUUGGCUGAUUUCAGCAGGUCGGUGGGUUCGGCAGGUGAGCCCUCAGGUAUGUUGCUCACCUGCUUGUACAAAGCUGUAAAUUCACAGAAAUCUAUAAUCAGAGUGCUGGAAAGAUUUUAUGGAGAUUUUAUGUAUAAGAAGAGAAAUUUUUCUGGUCCAGAUUGUUUACUUCCUGUUUGUGUCCGUGUUUCAAUGUCCUGCUGGAGACAAAGUUCAGGACCUACAGAAGGGAAACCAGGGACCGGUACCUGGACCCUGUGGUUCCGGACCGGCAGAUACUCCAGAGUUGACUCACUGCGAUGCUAGCAGCUUUUAAGAAAGCUCAUGUACUAGUGCUAGUUUUGUUGAUGUCCUGCAUUGAGGGAAAGCUACCUGACCCAUUUGUCAGGAGUUCUUAAAGGUUCAUAGGUCAGUUCGUCUCCUGCAGACAGUCUGGGUCAACUGGACUUGAUAAAGCUCUAUACAAGUACAAAUCAUCUAUUAUGAAUUUAUUUUGGACUGUUUUUUACUCUGGAGGUCUAAGUGUUUCUGAUUCUGACCUUAUCUGGCAGUGGAUAAAGAUGCACUAACAUGAUCAAGACAUGCUAACAUGAUGAUGACAUGCUAACAUGAUCAUGACAUGCUAAUACAAUGAUGACAUGCUAACAUCACGACAUUCUAACAAAAUGAUGACAUGCUAUCGUGAUCAUGACAUGCUAAGAUCUAGCUGGAGUGCCAGUUGAGCUGUGCCGUGAUGAUUCUCUUACAUUUUAAUCAAGCAUUAAAUAGAAACGUUUUGAUAUUUCUGAACAUUUGAGCAGUUUCCAAACUCUCAUAAUUUUGGCUUUAGCUGUUAGCUCAGAGUGCUAACUAGUGUUACGCCCUUAACCAAGGGAAAUUGAUGGAAGUUUGGGACAUUCUCUGCUGUUGUUCAUGUUUCUAAUCUCAGCCACUGAAAAUGAAGCUGACUGCAAUCAUCUCUGCUGUUAGCUGUGUGUUAGCAUCAUUGCCGGUCAUCAUCGGGAUUACCUGGAAUAAGUCACAAAGGGAAAUCUGUUUCUCGGGUCCUUCAUGCUGUUUUCAUUUAUGUUAAUGAUGUUUACAUGUAGUCUGUUUAUAAUCUUAGCUAAGAUUGUGUUUUUUAAAAUUAUUAAAUUUCACACUCUGUUAUCUUUCAUAUAGAAUAAAUAUUCAAACAGAAAA